AAUUUUUCUCAUUUAUAGAGGACCGAGUCCAUCAAUAUCUCAGUGCUUGACUCUUCGACAGCCCAAACUGCACACUACCAGAGGAAAAGUAAAAAAAGAAAGACAGAAUGAUACGGAGUACGUAGUAUCCGAUAUGAAAAUGGAGGAAAGGACCACUCUCGAUCACCCUACGGCCCUUUUCCGGUUUCUCGUUUCUCUACAAUGACCAAUCUACAACCACCUCUGCUUCCAGAAACAUGGCAACCCAUCCGCCAUUAACGUCGUUAGAUUCUCUCUACUGCGAAGAAAGAUGGGACGAAAGCUCCGAGCUUCGUGAAAUUACAAGAAACACCCCUCCCUUUCUCCUCCCUGCUGUCUUCUCUCUGGCUCGGGACAUCAUGGUAUGGGAAGAAGACGAUGAACUUCUCAGCCUUUUCUCCAGAGAAACAGAGACCCACUUCUCCUCUGACCCUUCUCUGUCUCUUUCUCGUACGGUGGCUGUCCGGUGGAUUCUCAAAGUCAAUGCCCACUACGGAUUCUCAGCGUUGACUCCAAUCCUGGCCGUUAAUUAUCUUGACCGGUUCCUCUCCAGUCUGACCUAUCAAGAAGACAAGCCGUGGAUGAUCCAGCUAUCAUCGGUCGCCUGUCUCUCCUUAGCUGCAAAAGUAGAAGAAAUUCAUGUUCCUCUCCUUCUUGACCUUCAAGUGGAAGAUGCGGAGUAUGUGUUUGACUCAAAAACUAUACAAAAAACGGAGCUUUUGGUUCUUACGACGUUGAACUGGAGGAUGAAUCCGGUGACGGCGUUAUCUUUUCUUGAUCACAUCAUAAAGAGGCUGGGGUUGGACCAUAACCAUCAUCUCCACACAAGAUGCGAGAGAUUGAUUCUGUCUUUCUUGCCGGAUUCAAGAUUCGUACGUUAUCUGCCGUCAGUGGUGGCCAUUGCAAGUAUGGUUCACGUUAUACAUGAAGUGGAGGCCAGCGAUGCGGUUGACUACCAAAACCAACUCUUUUCUGUUCUUCAGACGAGUAAGGAAAAAGUGAACUCGUGCUACGAGGUGAUGAGAGAAGUGUCAACAAGGAGCCGUAGCGAGUGUCAUCAUCCCAGCAGUCCCAGUGGGGUUAUCGAUGCUGCGGCUUUGUGUUGCACCGAAAGCUUCUCCGACUGGUGGGACACGGCGUCGCCGCCGCCGCCCCCUGUCUACAAGAAAAUGAGAUUUCAGUGCUAGAUGGUAUGUGAAGUCCUGCGCCGCCGCCCGUCGACGCCAUCAUAUGUCAGCUUGCUCUCCAGCCCAAUUAAACAGUUCGGUUUAAUUUUGUACUCCGUAAUAAUUUGGGAGUACGUAUUUAAUUAGAAAUUAUUCUGAGUAGGAGUAAAAACGUUUUGAAAUUUCAAAAUAAGACUUUCAUGCUUAUAUUCCUUAAAUAGGAGUAAUUUUUGUCAAAAUUUUCCAAACUUGGCAGAAACUGCCAUUUUUAAAGAUUGAUAAAUUUUAAACUUGGCAGAAAUUACUCCAAUUUAUUAAAUCAAAACAUGAAAGUCUUACUCGUAUUUUAGAAUUUUCAUAACUUUUUUAUUCUUAUUUAUGAAGUUUUGUACUAACUAAUAAUUUGGGAGUACGUAUUUAGUUGUAUGGAUUAUGACAAGGGGUGAGUUCGGUUCUUUCGGUUCGGUUUUGAACUAAAACCAAAUACGGAACCAAAGUAAAAGUUCGGUUCGGUUUCGGUUCGGUUUUACACUCCAA